CUGGCUGGUGCAGGGAGACGUUACACAUGGUCUCCUCCAGCUGCCUGACCGGCACAACCCCUGCAGGAGCUGCCUCUGUACUCAGGCUGGAGGGAGAAGCCAAGGAGCUUCCCCCGGAGUUGGGCUACCAUCUGGCUUGGAGCCUCAGACGGAUGCUUUGGGCAGGCCACCCCCAGCAGCCGCAGCCGCCUUCAGCAGCGCUCCCAUGAUGGACUUCUCCAGAGGACUGGCGCUUGCCUGGGCUCUCGGCCUCCUCUCAGGAUUCUGUGAUGCCUUCAACAUUGACACAAAGAGGCCACGGAUUAUACCAGGCUCCAAAGAAGCGUAUUUUGGCUAUACGGUCCAGCAGCAUGAAAUCAAUGGGAAGAAAUGGCUGGUGGUAGGAGCCCCUUAUGAAACGAACGGGCAUCAGAAAACCGGAGAUGUCUACAAGUGUCCGGUGAAUGCCGAAGCCAACAGCACCUGCUCCAAGCUCAAUCUAGGAAGAGUAACUCUUUCCAAUGUGUCGGAACGCAAGGAUAAUAUGCGUCUGGGGCUGAGCUUGACCACAAACCCCAAAGACAACAGUUUCCUGGCCUGUAGUCCUCUUUGGUCUCAUGAGUGCGGAAGUUCUUACUACACCACAGGAAUGUGCUCCAGGGUGAACUCCAACUUCAGAUUCUCCAAGACGGUGGCUCCAGCUCUCCAGAGAUGCCAGACGUACAUGGAUAUAAUUAUCGUGCUGGAUGGCUCCAACAGCAUCUAUCCCUGGGUGGAAGUUCAGCAUUUCCUGAUCAACAUCUUGAAGAAGUUUUACAUUGGACCGGGCCAAAUACAGGUUGGAGUCGUGCAGUAUGGAGAAGACGCAGUGCAUGAGUUUCACUUGAAUGACUACAGGUCUGUAAAGGAUGUAGUGGAAGCUGCCAGCCACAUCGAGCAGAGGGGAGGGACAGAAACCCGGACAGCCUUUGGGAUCGAGUUUGCUCGCUCCGAAGCAUUUCAGAAAGGUGGGCGGAAGGGCGCUAAGAAAGUGAUGAUUGUCAUAACAGAUGGAGAGUCCCACGACAGCCCAGACCUGGAGAAGGUGAUCGAAGGCAGUGAGAAAGAUAACGUCACCAGAUACGCCGUGGCGGUUCUUGGCUAUUACAACAGAAGAGGAAUCAAUCCUGAAGCCUUUCUGAAGGAAAUAAAGUACAUAGCGAGCGACCCAGACGAGAAACAUUUCUUCAAUGUCACCGACGAAGCUGCUCUGAAAGAUAUUGUGGACGCUCUUGGAGAGAGGAUUUUUAGCUUGGAAGGCACCAAUAAGAAUGAAAUAUCCUUCGGCCUUGAAAUGUCCCAGACUGGAUUUUCAUCACACAUUGUGGAAGAUGGGAUUCUGCUGGGCGCUGUCGGCGCAUACGACUGGAACGGAGCAGUGCUCAAGGAGACCAGCAGUGGCAAAGUCGUCCCCCACCGGGAGGCCUAUCUGCAGGAGUUCCCCGAGGAGCUGAAAAACCAUGGGGCGUAUCUAGGCUACACCGUCACCUCAGUGGUGUCAACAAGACACGGCCGGAUCUAUGUGGCAGGAGCACCCCGGUUCAACCACACAGGGAAAGUGAUCAUUUUCACAAUGCACACCAACCGAGAUCUCACCAUCCACCAAUCGCUGAAAGGGGAGCAGAUUGGUGCCUAUUAUGGAAGCGAAAUCAAUUCGGUAGAUGUUAGUGGUGAUGGGGACACUGACGUGCUCUUGGUCGGGGCCCCCAUGUACUUCAGUGAAGGAAGAGAGCGGGGGAAGGUGUACGUCUAUCUUCUCCAACAGGGCCGGUUUAUUCCUAAUGGCACCUUGGAAGAUUUGCCAAGUUACCAGAACUCCAGGUUUGGCUCCUGCAUUGCCUCCGUCGCUGACUUGAAUCAGGACUUGUUCAACGAUGUCGUUGUGGGUGCACCUCUGGAGGACGAGCACCAGGGCGCCAUCUAUAUCUUCCACGGCCUCAGAGAAAACAUCCUACGGAAGUACAAGCAGAGAAUAGCAGCCACCAGCCUUUCUCCAGGCUUAAUGUAUUUUGGCUGCAGCAUCCACGGGAAUCUCGAUCUGAAUGAAGAUGGACUUGUCGAUCUUGCUGUUGGCUCCCUCGGAAGUGCCGUGCUUCUAUGGUCCCGCAGUGUUGUCCAGAUCAAUGCCAGCCUUCGGUUCGAGCCGCCCAAGAUCAACAUCUUCAACAAGGACUGUGUGCGGAAUGGGAAGGAGGCCACAUGCCUGUCUGCCUUCGUUUGCUUCACGGCCAUUUUCCUUUCUGCUCAUUUUCAGACGGCGAGUGUGGCACUGAACUACAACAUCACCAUUGAUGAGCGACGGUACGUCCCACGAGCCCACCUGGAUGAGAAUGGAGAGAGGCACACCCACAAGACAGCCACCUUGUUUGCAGGGCAAGAGUAUUGCAAGCAGCUGAAUUUCCAUGUCUUGGAUACAGCUGAUUACGUGAAGCCCGUGGCUUUCUCUGUUGAUUUUGCCCUUGAUGGACCUGAUCAUGGCCCAGUGAUGGAUGACGGUUGGCCCACCUCCCUGAAAGUUGCUGUGCCCUUCUGGAAUGGAUGUAACGAGGACGAGCACUGCAUCCCAGAUCUGGUCCUAGAUGCGAAAACUGACAUUCCAACUGCCAUGGAGUACUGCAGACGCGUCCUGAGAAAGUCGCAUUCGGAUUGCUCCGCCUACACGCUGUCUUUUGAUACCUCCAUUUUUGUCAUAGAGAGCACCAGGAGGAGGGUGGCGGUAGAAGCAACCCUGGAGAACCGAGGAGAAAAUGCAUAUAACACCGUGCUAAACAUUUCUUUCUCGAGAAACCUGCAGUUUGCAAGCUUGAUCCAGAAGGAUGACUUGGACAUCAACAUCGAGUGCAAGUCCGAAGAGAAGCAUCCCCAUGGGAGGGUUUGCAAUGUCAGCUACCCAUUCUUCCGGGCCAAAGCAAAGGUGGCUUUUCGCCUGGAUUUCGAGUUCAGCAAGUCUGUUUUCCUCCAAAACCUGGAAAUCUCCUUGGCUGCCAACAGUGACAGUGAAGAGCAAGAAAACACCAAAGAGGACAAUUCGGCUCUCUUGAAGUUUCCGCUGAAAUAUGAAACUGACCUGCUUUUCACCAGGAGUUCCAGCCAGGAUUACUACGAGAUCAAGUCCAACAGUUCCCUGGAGAGAGAUGACAGCCCGGGCCCUCCUUUUAAUUGCACCUUUAAGCUGCAGAAUCUGGGCCUCUUUCCGGUUGAUGGGGUGUCGAUCAAAAUCACUGUCCCCGUGGCUACCCGAGGAGGGAAUCGCCUUCUACAGCUGACAAAGUCCAACAUCCAUGAGGAGAACAUGAUGUGCCGUGUUGGCGGCAACAACACAGACUACCGAAGAACUCCCUCUGAUGAGGACCUUGGCCGCCACCCCCAGCUGAACCACAGCAACACUGACGUGAUCUCCAUAGACUGCAGUGUGGAUCUAGCUGCCAAUGAAGAAGUCAACUUUCUCCUGUACGGGAACCUGUGGAUGAAGUCGCUGAGAACGCUGAAAUUCAAAUCGCUGAGGUUCGCCAUUAACGCAGCCUUGCAGAGAGGCUUCCACAGUGCCUUUGUCUUCAGAGAAGAUGACCCCAGCAGGCAGAUCACUUUUGAAAUCUCCAAGAUUGAGGAGUCCCAGAUUCCCAUCUGGAUCAUAAUUGGGAGCACACUCGGUGGCCUCCUGCUGCUGGCGCUCCUCGUGUUGGCCCUGUGGAAGGUAAGGGGGCCCCCCCUUUGCUGUCGAGCUUGGCUUUUUUAAAAGUGCCAGUCGCAAGAGAGAUGCACUGCCAGACCAGAACGCCAAAGACUUGGACUGAGGUCUUAACUUCCCCAGCGAAUUGGGUUGCUCCUCAAGGCCGUGUGCUUGGUCUGCAGGUGUCCUUCUGCAUCGAUCCACUCCCUUUUCUCUUGAAAGCAACCAAAGAGCUCAAAGACAAGCCACCGGGCCACACAGAGACACAGCCGCCAGCUCAAGAGACUUCAAACUGGUUUUAACUGCUUCUGCCUACGAUCUUGGAAGCUCUGCACCCAGGGCAAUUUAACAGGGAGAGGGGAUUCUCUUCAGCGGUUCUCUUUUCAUUACAUAUCUUGGCUCCACAAGGCAGACAAGCUUCAUACCAGAAGCGUUCUGGGGUCAGCGUACAGCUCCAGAGCUCCAGUUUGCUGUGUUUCUAUGACACAGUCUGCACCUCCAGUUUGAGGACACUUCCCUUUCAGCCCACAUCCCCACUGAGAAAAGCUCUGCACCAAUAGAAGGAUGGAAUACGUGAAUCCACAAGAGACCACCAGCACCAGCAGCAAACGAAAAAUGAAUCCUCAUGGAUUAUGUUUGUGGGAACUGCUUUUCCAGGGUUUCGAGGAAGAACCAGAAGCAGCAGCCAGCUGCGAGGAUUCACAGGCAGCCUUUGAGUUAUAAUACUGAUGCAUUCGGAACAAAACACAGCUGCAUUCAAAUGGUCUGAGGCUCUCCCAGGACAAAAGGACUCCAGAAAAAGUUGAUGCUUCAAAGCCAGAUGUAUGUGCAGGUCAGAGGACUGGGAUUAAAUAGGGAUUAAAAUUGCAAAUGGUUACAAGAGCUAAAUGGUUUUGGGAACUUUGUUGAAAAGUGGUAUAUAAAUAUUAUUAAUAAGCAUAAUAGCAUAUUCUCUAGGUCACAGUUGUCAGACGAAAGGAAAUGCUGCAAGUAAAGAACCAUGGACGGUAGCAAAUGUUGCUAAUGCUACCCAAGUGUGUGUAGCUGUGAACCAAUCAAGUUUGAUGUUAACUAAACCUUGAUAAUGAGCCUGAAGGCCUGUUCCUCUCAAGGGGCUGGCGGUAAAGAGAUACCCAGUGCACCAACCCUGCAGAGGCUGGAGCCCAAUGCAGAUCCUGAGGAUACAUUCCAUGCCUCCCCUCCCCUGCUCCCUCUUGCUUUCAUUACGAAAUGGAGCAGUGAGAUAAAUUGCCUACUUUUAAUGCACUGAACAGAGCUACGGACAGUUGUAAGCACCUUAACUCACACAAGCCUUCAAUCCUCAGCUGUAUAUACUUAUUCUGGAAAUGUUUACCUUUCUUAUUUCUAAAGGUGAAGAGAGAUGUGUUGUUUUUAAAUAAAGCAAAAACCAGUUUGAAGCA